AUGCCGAAGGCCAUAAAGAUCGACUAUUUUCGUUAUAUGACAAAUGAAGCCUGGCGCGUGCUUAUGGCAGUGGAAAUGGGCAUGAAAAAUCACGAAUUUGUCCCGGCUGAUCUUGUGCACAAAAUCUCUCGUUGCUCUCGACGCGGCUCCAGCUUCCUUAAGUUACUCAGGGACGAACUCGUGCCACACGGCCUAUUGGCCUAUGAGACAGAUGCCCGAAAAGCCCAUUCCGGCUAUCGAUUGACAAAUCUGGGAUAUGACUAUCUCGCCCUACACGCUCUCAUCAAGAACGGACAGGUGAUCGAUCUCGGCUCCAUGAUUGGAGCUGGAAAGGAAUCUGACGUCUAUUUGGCCGUCGCUGGUGACCAUGCUGGUCGGCCGGACGAACCUUGUGAUCCUGCAUGUGCCGUAGAUGCAUUACCCGCUAAAGGCGAUUACGUCGUAAUCAAGUUCCAUCGCCUGGGGCGAACAUCUUUCAGGAAGGUGAAAGAGAAGCGUGAGUACCACCAGCACAGAAGCACAUGCUCAUGGCUCUAUCUGGACCGCCUUGCCGCCUCCCGCGAAUAUGGCAUGAUGCAGGCCAUAGACAUCCUCAACCGUAUCACUCGUGCCGGUCUAGUGCACGGUGACUUUAACGAGUUCAACCUUCUUGUUAAUGGCAUUUCUCAUACGGGCGGGACGCUUGGCAACUACGGUCCAGACGAAGAUGAAGCAGACGAGCCGAUUGAUCCGGAGCAGGUUAAGCUCCUUAUCAUUGACUUCCCCCAAAUGAUCAGUCGGGACCAUAAAACUGCUCAAGGAAUUUAUGAACGUGAUCUCAACGGAAUCCUUAGUUAUUUCACCCGGUACCUGGAGAUCGAACCUGAAUCAAUCCCUCCAACUUCUUUGACUGCCAUACCCCGGACUGGCUUUUUAGACGUGCAGCUACGGGCUCCAGGCUACCAAAACCCAUCCAAGGCUGGAGCGCGCGGCCGGAAUGGUGCAGACGACUCGGACGUCCUGGUGGGCAACGUCGCCGCAUUGGCCCUCUGCGAAGAGAACGAGAAUGACGACGACGACGACGACAGUGCCGGUGGAUCUAGCGACGAAACUGAUUCCGAUGAGACGGGAACGGAAGACGAAGAGGAAGGAGAAGAAGGCGAUGCUAAGGAAGAGGAAGAAAAGGAAAAUUCUGGCGAGUCGGAUGAAUUUCAUAGUCUGGACUCCGAGGACGAAAGUGAAAAUUCGGCAAACGAGGACGCAAAAAGCAAAAUGAGCCAGCCCGUGAAGUCCCCGGCGGACACUCUAAUCGACAAGAAUGAGGUGCGCGAACGGAUCCGACGGGAGGAAAAGAAGAGGCAGCAGGAACAGUUCCGUCUACGCGUCAAGCGUCAGAUGCGAGCCAACAGAAAGAAGCAGGCCCGAGCUGAUGUAGUUACGGAGGACAAACUCUUUGGCUGA